AUGACUGCUAUCUGCAGGUUUGUUUACUUUUUGUGACGUCAAUAUUUAUUAACAGGUGGCAGCGUAUCAUCAACUACUAACUAUCCGGCGUUUCUUCUUUUACUGAAAUGUAGUAAGUCUCAACAAUGCGGUUACGUCGCAAUCUGCGUUGGUGGGUGAAGAUAGCAGUCGCUUUGACUUUGUUUUUGGCUGGAACAUACUUGACUGUGAGACAGGCACAAAAGGACGCAAUUUCCGAAGAAGGACAUGUUAUUCCCCGUGAAGAAAAAGCAGCCGCCCAGCCUGUGAAAGCUGAGGCAGCAGUUAUGAAGAAGGAUACCCAGGAUACCCUUUCACAUAAGAAACUCCCUGAACCAAGUGGCUAUAAAGACUGGAAUGAUUAUGCCAGAUUGGAAGCAGAAAGUCAGCAGACUGGCCCUGGAGAGCAAGGUCAGGCCUAUUACCUGCCAGCUAAGUUUAACCAUGAGAAAGAUCAGCUGUAUAAGGUGAAUGGAUUUAAUGCUCGAGCUUCAGAUGACGUUGCUUUGAAUCGCUCAAUGCAAGACAUCCGCCACCCAAAAUGCAAAGAGAAAGUAUAUCUGGAGACACUGCCAACAGCAUCUGUUGUAGUACCAUUUCACAAUGAGCAUUGGUCAACACUUCUGAGAACUGCAGUUUCUGCUAUUAACCGUUCACCGGAUUCUUUACUCCUUGAAGUUAUUCUUGUUGACGAUGCAAGUACCAAAGACUUUUUGAAGGAGAAGCUUGAUGAUUACGUAACGAAAAAUUUGCCCAAAGUGAAAGUCGUCCAUCUUGCGAAACGUUCCGGGCUCAUUAGGGCUCGUUUAGCCGGAGCCAAAGCUGCAAAGGGAGAUGUGAUCAUUUUUCUGGACUCUCACACUGAAUGCACCACUAACUGGCUCCCUCCUCUCUUAGAACCAAUUGCUAAGGAUUACAAGACCUGUGUUUGCCCAUUUAUUGAUGUCAUAGAUUAUGAAACCUUUGCUUAUCGUGCACAAGACGAAGGAGCGCGUGGGGCAUUUGACUGGGAGUUUUUCUACAAACGUUUGCCUUUGCUCCCUGAAGAUCAGCAGAACAUGCCAGAACCAUUUAAGAGCCCUGUGAUGGCUGGAGGUUUAUUUGCCAUCAGCACUAAAUUCUUCUGGGAACUUGGUGGCUAUGACCCAGGAUUGGACAUAUGGGGAGGAGAACAGUAUGAACUGUCCUUCAAGAUUUGGCAGUGUGGUGGCACAAUGGUUGAUGCUCCUUGUUCCCGAAUUGGCCAUAUUUAUCGAAAGUUUGCUCCAUUUCCAAAUCCAGGUGUGGGUGAUUUUGUGGGAAGGAAUUACAAGCGGGUUGCUGAAGUGUGGAUGGAUGAAUAUAAAGAAUAUCUCUACAAACGUCGGCCUCACUAUCGUAGCAUUGAUGCUGGAGACCUCACAGAACAGAAGGCAAUUCGUGAAAAGCUGCAGUGCAAGCCAUUCAAAUGGUUUAUGACUGAAGUUGCUUUUGAUUUAGUGAAAGUUUACCCACCAGUUGAGCCUCCAGAUUUUGCAAGUGGAAAGAUCCAGAGCGUAGCAAACCCAGACUUGUGUGUUGAUUCUCGCUACAAGCGCCAUGGAGAAAGGUUUGGCCUUCAGGAGUGCAGUAGGGGAGGAGAGCAGAGCUACCACUUAACUUGGCACAAAGAUAUUCGUCCGGGAAAAAGGCCAUUGUGCUGGGAUGUUUCUAGUGGUGAUACGCAGUCUCCAGUUUUACUUUACAACUGUCACGGAAUGGGUGGCAACCAGCUGUGGAGAUAUGAUCCGGAAAAACAAUGGCUUAUUCAUGGUGGGAAUCCCCGAUGCCUUGACUGCAACCCAGGGAAUAAGGAGAUUUAUGUGUCUUCUUGUGAUCCAGAGAAGAAAUCACAGAAGUGGAUCUUUGAAAAGUAUGAUGCUGAACGUCUAGCAAAUUGGGACUCUGCUGGGCCUAACCUAUAGAUUAUGAUGUGGAUUUUUUUUCCUAAAGCUGAGUGGUCAUCAGAUUUAUGUAAAUCAUGUCAUUUGAAAAUGAUUGUGAUGAUAUAAUCACUGUAGGAAUUGCUAAAAGUAUUUGCUUGGGAAGUUGCCAGAAAUGCACUAAGAGAUGAAAUAUUUUUUUUAAGAUCUCACCACAUUAUAAACAAGAAAUAGCAUGUGAUGGUGAUGAAUGAUAACGUAUUUUCAUGAAGCUCACUAUAUUGAGCUACAAAAACAGAGUUGUGAAUACUUUGAUACUUUGACAGUCAUUCAAAAUAUUUUCACGAUAGGGCAUUACUGCCAUUCAGCAGAGUCCUUACAUAAAAUGCCCUCUAGUCCUCUUAUCUUUUUAUAGGGUUGCAAUUGAUGAACAUUUCAUUUAGUCUUCAAAUAUGCUAAUCAUAAUGUAUAUUAGAAGGUGCUUAAGCGACUUUGUUACAGUAAUGGCUUGAAAACUGAAAAUUCCCUAGAGUGCAUUAUUCUAGGGCAGACUUCGCACCUAGGUAGAAUAUGUGUGAAAGUUCAGUCUAAUUUUUUGUAGUUAUGUGUGAAUUGUUGCAAAGUGAUAUAGUGGAUUUAACUAUUUAUUUUUACCAUUUUUACUUCAGUAUUUGAAGUUGCUCUUCACAGAUAUGUCAUAUCUUUUGUGGUGGCUAUUCUCACAGUUUUUGUUGUUGUAAAUGGCAGAUAGAAACUGCUGGUGUAGAUCCUUUUUGGAUGUGCAUUUUAAUGAUUAAGGAGCUAUGAUUUUGUCUUCAAUUUGCAUCAGAAUUUUGUUGCUGCAUUUGAAGACAGACUAAACAUUGCUUUUUAGUAGAUAAAUGUGUAGGGUCUAAUUGAAACGGUUGAAAAUACUGUAGCUUUUAGAAUGGUGCACAGUAUAUAUAUUUUUUAAGUGAUAUUUUUUAUGGAAUUUUCUUAGUAAUCAACAAGGAUUUAGGAUUGCAUAAUAAAACAAGUUUUCCAGAUAUUUAGGAUAGUCAAAUCAUCAUCAUCAUCAUCAUCAUCAUUGCCUCCAAUAAUAUCAUGCGAUGCAAAGGGCCUUUAUGAAUUUGCAGACUUGGGAUUGCAUAUCAAAAUGUAAUUUCCCAGAUAUGUACAAUGCAUAAUAGGAAGUUCCUUUCUUAGAUUAUAUAUAUAUAUAUAUAUACGUAUAUAUAUAUAUAUAUAUAUAUAUAUUUGACUGCAUAAUAGAAUUUUUCCAGGCAUUUACACAUGUCUGAUAUAAACAAUCAAUUUCCUUAUGUAGGACUGCAUAAUAUUCUAAAUACUGUAGUUUCCUUUUAUUAGUGAAGGACUCCCAAGAAAUAAUUGUGUGAUCUUUGAUACCAAAUUUCAGGCAAGAAAAGGUAAUGUAUGACUUUUGAUGUUGAAUAACCAACCAGUGUGCAGUUUAGUAUGUUGAAUUAGUUUCAGGGAAAUAGUAUAAUGCAGUAUUAUUGCUGUGCAGUACAGUAUUUGUAAUUUCUCUCUAUGAAGGUAGUGGCCAUUCAUUAAAAUAAAAUAUUACGAUAGUAUAAAACAGGAGAAAAAUCUUAAUUUUUUCCAGUGGUAACUCUUGUCUGUGGAGUUUGUUAGUUAAGAAACGUACAUUCCUUAUAUAGUAUAAGCAGGAUUUUAACUUUUUGAACAAGUUUUUUACCAGUUCUUUCAUGCAUGGCAGUGGAAUUUUCUUUACAUAUAUUCUGCUAAAACAUUUACAUCUGCAUAAUAUAUAUAUUUGAUUCACCUGGCAGGGCUUUGGCUCCUUUUCCUCUUAAUACCGAAACGUUGGUGGAUUUAUAGAUACUUUUGAGAUCUCAGUAGAAAUAUGAUUCACAUGUUAUUCCAUCAGUAGUUUUCUGGGAAUUUUCCCUAUUUAAAACAUUCCCUUAAUUUAAAUCGCAUGUGGGUUAGUUGCAUUGAAGGCAGAUUUUAUAUCACUCCUUGAAGCAAAAUGAAGAUCUCUUGCAACCUUUAACCUGACCCUCCCUGUGGUAUUAGGAAUAUCUUGAACCUUAAAGAUGUCAUUUACCAAGACUUUGCUGUCCUUGUGGAGAAGUGAGUUCAUGUUAGAAGACCUUUCAAGUCUAUUUAAUAUGAUGCUACUUAUGAAAUGGCAAGUUAGUUGUGUGAAUUUGUAGAUGUUCUGCUCCCUUUUUCUGCAUUUAUGACUUAUUCUAUUGUAAUUCCAAUAUCCAUUUAUUAGUUUGAGAUAGCAAAAUGGAACUUGACUUUUCCUAUCAAAUUUGUAUAAGAUACAUGUCUGAAAUAUUUCUUUAGUGUGCAGCUCAGCUUUUUGCAGUAGUAUAUGUAUUCUUUUAAGAUUUGAAUUUCAGCUAGGUUUAACUUUGGUGUAUGUUAUAUGAUUUAUAUGUUUUUACUAGGAGAGUCCAGAUAUUUUUUCAUGCUAGGAUUAAUAAAAUUACACAACAGGUACAGUUACAUUCCUUUUUGUAUACGGGUUGCCUGUGGCCAUAAGUAUUGCAUUGUUACAUAGGUCUUAGUGAAGCACAGAUAUGGCCUUAGCCUUAAGAUAGUGGUUCAUGUACUAUGUUAGCUAUUCACAUAGCAGAAAUGAUUAAUCAUUCAGUUAUAAGGCAUGCUAAUGAUGAUGAAGGCCUACUUAUAACUCGUAAUACAAACCAAAUAUGGUGAAAUCUAAAUACAAUUACCAGUAUGUCAGAAAAAGACCCUUAAUGUACACGAUUACUGUGGGUUUAGAGAGGUCUCUCAACACUAUAGCAUCCAUAAAUUAGUCAGGGAGUUAUCUUUUAAGUCUCCUUGAAGCACUUUGAACACAUAUCUUCAAGUAGAGCUUCAUGAUGGCUGAAUUCGUGAGACAGAACGCAGUGUAUCCCGAUCUAAGGGCUUGGCAUAUUAACUGCUUUGUUUACCACUUCAGAUGUAAAAUCGGCAAGAAAACUGAAGAUACAGUUUUGUUAAAACUUCAGACACAUAGUGCUCAAUAAUGCCACACCUGGGAACUCUAGAAAAGGGGGAGGAGCUUCAAAAUCAUUCGUGUUUGUUGCUUUUUAGAUUUCCAUAAGUUUACACCAUAGAGAUUUGGUUAAGUCCCAUAAUCAUUUAUACUUGAAUGAGGUAACAGGCUCUAUAUUAAUUAUUAAAAGUUGGUUUGGUAACGUUAGUUCAGAGCAGAAUAUUGAUCAUCCUUUUUUGAAACCUACUGUGAAACCUUAAAAGUAAUGUUUGACACUAAACUGACGUAAAAUUCAUGUGUAAUUGAAGGCAGAUCUUAAAAUAUGAGAGAAAAUUUUUUAAAAUUUAGGCAAUGCCUGUGGAAAUCGUGAGGAACAAUACCGUAAAUAAUGAAAUAUUAUGAUGAGAGAGAGAGAGAGAGAGAGAGAGAGAGAGAGAGAGAGAGAGAGAGAGAGAGAAUGUAAGCAUGUAAGCAUAGGUCUAUCUAUAGAGAUACUUAAUUCAUUAUAUUUUGAGAGACUGAGUGAUAAUAUUUUUUUCAAAUAUGUUUUAAAAGGAGAGAGAGAGAGAGAGAGAGAGAGAGAGAGAGAGAGAGAGAGAGAGAGAGAGAGAGAGA